AUGGCCGAGAAAAGAGCAGAAUACUUCGAGGAUGGGCCAACCCAGGAGAGACGGCGCCGCUCAACAGUGGCCUCCGUCAACCUCAACAAGAACCUCGAUGCCAAGAUCUCCAAUCCGUUGGCCGACAUUCCACGAGAUGUGUUGCUUGCUGACGUCGACGCUUUCGCGGAGGAGAACAAUCUCACCGACAUUAUCCCCAUGCUCAGGAAAGGGGCUCUGGUCGCGCAAGAUCCAGCAAACUAUGAAAGCCUCGAUCUCGAAGAAGAUGAAAAGGAGGCUCUUCGGAUUGAAGUUACACGGAAAUGGAAACAUCCCCUGUCCCUAUACGUGACCGUCGUGAUCUGUUCUCUUGGUGCUGCUGUCCAGGGUUGGGAUCAGACCGGUUCCAAUGGCGCCAACUUGAGUUUCCCUCAGGAGUUCGGCAUCGGAGCAGGGGAGGAAUCGCCUGACACUCCCAAUCACGACCGCGACAACUGGCUCGUUGGGCUCGUGAAUGCCGCCCCGUAUAUCGCGAGCGCCUUUCUGGGCUGUUGGAUAUCGGAUCCUAUCAAUUACUACAUUGGACGACGUGGUGCCAUUUUCGUCUCGGCGGUCUUCCUCAUCAUCACUCCCAUCGGUGGAGCAGUGACUCAAACAUGGCAACAGCUCUUCGUCACCCGUCUCCUCAUGGGUAUCGGCAUGGGUCUCAAAGGCUCUACAACUCCCAUAUUUGCAGCCGAGAACAGCCCUGCUGCCAUCAGAGGCGCGCUCGUCAUGACCUGGCAGAUGUGGACAGCCUUUGGGAUCUUCCUCGGCUUUUUGGCCAAUCUUGCUGUAUACAAUACCGGGGCGAUUGCCUGGCGGCUGCAGAUUGGCUCUGCUUUUCUUCCCGCCGUGCCGUUGGCCGUUGGAAUCUUCUUCUGUCCCGAGUCGCCCAGAUGGUACAUCAAGAAACGGCGCUUCGUACAGGCAUACAAGUCGCUCAGACGUCUUCGCAACCAUGACUUGCUGGCUGCGCGUGACUUGUAUUACAUCAAUGCACAGGUCGAAGUCGAGGCCGACAUCAUCGGAGAGACCAACUACCUGAAGCGGUUUGGGGAGCUGUUCACGAUUCCUCGCGUGCGGCGGGCCACACUGGCCUCGUGGACGGUUAUGAUUGCUCAGCAGAUGUGUGGGAUCAACAUCAUCGCGUUCUACUCGUCGACGAUUUUCGCGCAAGCCGGCGCUUCCCGGCUCGAGGCCCUUCUCGCCUCAUUCGGCUUUGGACUGGUGAACUUUGUCUUUGCCUGGCCGGCCUUCUUCACCAUCGACACCUUCGGCCGCCGGACGCUGCUACUCUUCACCUUCCCACAGAUGGCGUGGACUCUCCUUGCGGCAGGGUUCUGCUUCUACAUCCCCGAGGAGAGCCGGGCGCAUCUAGGCCUGAUCGCCUUCUUCAUCUUCCUUUUCGCCGCGUUCUACUCUCCUGGGGAGGGACCGGUGCCUUUCACCUAUUCUGCCGAGGUCUUCCCCUUGUCUCACAGAGAAGUCGGCAUGGGCUGGGCUGUCGCAACCUGCCUGUUUUGGGCCGCCGUACUGUCCAUCACGUUCCCCCGGAUGCUGGCCGCGCUCACCCCGACCGGCGCUUUCGGGUUCUAUGCUGCCAUGAACGUGUGUGCCUUCUUUAUGAUCUUCUUCUUCGUCCCGGAGACGAAGCAACGUACCCUCGAGGAACUCGACUAUAUCUUCGCCGUGCCGAUGCGGCGGUUCUGGAAGUACCAGACUGGCACCUGGCUGCCUUGGUUCAUCCAGCGUUAUGUCUUCUGGCGCAAGUCUGCCACGCUCAAGCCUUUGUAUCACUUCGAUCAUGUCAAGGCGGAUUUGAAGGAUGUGAAGCAUGCUGAUGUACAGGGUCGUCACCAGGAGACUGUUCCUACACUAUAA